AUGGUGGUGAGCCGUGAGGAGGCUCGACUCCUUUGCCGUGAAGCCCCCAAGCGCAAAGCAGCCAGCCAUCUCCCAAUAGACUAUGCACCUGAGCUGAGUCUUUCACGUCGUCAAAAUCAAGGACACCCCGGGCAGGCCAUUUGGUACCUUGUUCGAAAGGUUCCCCAGAGCAUGAGGGCCUUCAAGUCUCCCCUGACUCUGACGGAAAAGGCGCGAGAGCAGUGGAGAGUUGAGCAGGAGAAGUACGCUGAGAAGCAACAGUACAAGUGGAAGCAUCUCACGCCCGAGAGCAGCAAGAGCCCAUAG